AUGCCCGAUAGCUCGGAUCAACUGUCGUCGCCGAACAGCGAAUGCAACAGUCAGAUCGGUGGUAUGCACCGGAACGCGUCUACCGGGCAGUUUGACGACUCGUCGAUGUCCGGGCUCGCGUUGACGCACCACUCGCAUUCCCAAAACCUGACGGCGGCGUCGAACGGCGGCCUUCAGUAUCCACAGGAGCUGACCACUUGCAGUUCCGCGAACACGUCCGCCAAUAUCGGAAACAUCGGCGGGCUUUCUCUGGGAAUUACAGCCAGUAACUAUACGCCGGAUCAGAUAUCUUGUAUGUGCAAGGCGUUAUCGCAGAGACAGGAUAUCGAGAAGCUCACGAGGCUCCUAUGGUCCUUGCCGCCCGGCGAGUUGCUUCGUCGUGACGAGAACGUGUUGAUAGCGAGAGCCACGGUGGCCUUUCAUCGAGGCGCUUACCACGAGCUGUACUCCAUCCUGGAGAGCCAUCCUUUCUCACCCGAUCGACACCCAGAGCUGCAGCAGAUGUGGUUCAAGUCGCAUUACAGCGAGGCGGAGAAGAUCCGCGGCAGGCCGCUCGGCGCGGUGGACAAAUACCGGCUGCGGAAGAAGUAUCCGCUGCCGAAGACGAUUUGGGACGGCGAGGAGGUGGUGUAUUGCUUCAAGGAACGAUCGAGGAACGCGUUGAAGCAAUGCUACAUGAGGACCAAGUAUCCGCUCUCCGAGGAGAAGAAGAACUUGGCGAAGGAGACCGGCCUGACUUUGACGCAGGUGGCCAACUGGUUCAAGAAUCGACGGCAAAGGGAUCGCACGCCGCAAACGAGACCGACACCCGCGGACGAUUUAUCGCGAGGCGACGAGACUUCCUCGAACCGAUUCCUUUUCGCAUUUGCGUCGUUCAGCGGCUCGACAACUCCUUCGUGGUUCUCGGACAUGUUGCCGUUAAACUGCCAGAACAACGGCGGCAAUGCGAUCGGCAGCUCGGCGAGCAACGGGGAAAGCAUUCAAUCGUUGCAGAGCAUCGAUUCGAACGGCACGAAUCUGGCGAUGUCGCCGCUGUCGACGAUGAGCAUGUCGCCGAUCGGUGUGAAUCCGUGCAGCCCGAUGGGUACGAGCCCCAUGGCUCCUCGUCAUGCCAGAUACGCGACACCCGUGGUUCCGUCGUCGGUGCACACCACGCACCUUCACAGCGGCGGCCUCAGUCCAAUGAACGACGUGAAAACGCUGUGCUACGGACGCGGCGUUUGCGAAAGCGGCAAGGACGCGGAGCAGACCUCGGUCUAUUACUCGAGCCAUUCGAGCAUGCAUCAUCAGUAUUACCAGCAGACGCAUCACCAAACGAUGUCCAGCGUUCAUCAUUAUCAGCACCAUCAGCACCAAGGGAUGCCGACCGGAUACGAAAUUACUCUGGCGCCUCCUCAGCACUCGACGUGACCAACCGAUUACGGGACCGAUCGGAACGAGACGGCUCA